UAUAUUUAUUGGUAAAGUUGUCUAAGUCCUCUCAGGCAAUCUACAUUACAUCAUCCUUAGAACUAUAGUCCUUCAGUUUGUAUAUAGUAGUGGGUAUGCACAAAAGUAAACAUAUUACAGGAGUCUUCACAUGUUGGGCUUUUUUUAUUGUUCUGAGAACAGUAAGUUGUACCAUCCCCUUUCAGCAGUGGCUAUGGAUACUUCUGACAUAGGCAGAUGGAUUCAUGCUGUCCCUAUUCUCUUCAGGAACAAAAGGCCUUUGGAGGACCUAACAAUUGUAAACUAGCGUGAAAUAAAUUGCAGUGUGUUAAAAUUAAAAGGAAGGGAAAAUGAGGAAGAAAAUGAAGAGAACUCAGGUAAACAUCACACAAUAAAAUUAAUGGAAAGCAGGCAGGCAGCAGGACCCAGCUGAAGCCCAGGCUCUGGAUUCCUGACUCAUCACAUGCUGCUGGAAAACACCAGAGGAACACAGUGGAAACAGGAUGAGAUCACUGUCCUGUACACAUUCAGCUGUUUGAAAGAGCACUUGGGCACAAUCAGUAGUUUAUUCCUGAAGAAUGGCACUGAGUGACCUCAUUUACCCAGAAAACCCCAGGAGACGGCAAGAACUGAUCCAUCUGCACCAGGAAUUGUUUGGCUGCAUGUCCAUGAAUUUCCAUGCAACAAAUGAGCUGGCUGAAGUUCUGAAUGCACACCUGGGGUGUACUAUCACCCACAUCAAGAUGAGAGAGAGCAGCACUGUCAAAGAGAACUGUGAUAUUAUCAUUCGAGCGAUGCGUGAGAUUCAGUGUCAAGUACAGAAGAUUGAUGGGGACAUGAAGGAGAAGCUGGAGCCUGUGCUGUACCAGAAACUGUACGACAUCAAAGAGCCUGAGCUGGAGAAAAUUGCAAUAGCCCAUAAAGUUUUUUCCAUUCUUCUUGGAGAAGCGACUUCAGCUGCUGGGAUGGUAGCUGUCAAACUACUUAGCUCCAACCUUAUCACUAUCACUGUCUGCAAACUUGUUAGCCUCCUCGCGCAGAUUGGGGCAUCUGUUCUUGGGGGGAUCAGCAUUACUGUCCUUGGGCUCGGCAUGGAAAUGAUUCUCCAUGCCAUUCUGGGAGCUGUGGAGAGGAAUCAGCUGCUGGCAGCUGUGAGGAGCUAUGAGGAGCACCUGGCUGAAUUUAAAGAAGCCUCAGAAAAAUACCAGUGUGCCAUACGUGAAGUGACUUCUUUGGUCAGACAUCAAGUUCAGUGAAUGGAAAGCAACCCUUUAAAUACAUGGCAUGUUUUCUUCAGGUGUUUUCCAGAAUGCAUUGUAGAUUAAAUACAAUUAGCACUGGUAACAAUGAUAUGCACUGCUGGAGCAGAAGUGGUGAGAAGGUACAAUUUUUCUCUCCUAGAUUUUCUCCACCAAAGUUACAUUAUAAUGGGAAAAAAUGAUUUCAGCAAAAUAACCCAUAUAAUCAUCUGGGCAGCUGUCGUCGUAACUCUUAGUGUGGAUUUGUGCUAAAUCUGACUGGCUGAUUUCCCCAUUCAUAGAAGCGCUUACAAGGACUAGCUGAAGGACACGUAACUCCUAUUUCCUGUGCCAUUCCUGCCUGAGGAGCCAGCCAGAUCUUUAUACACAUUCUAAUAUUAGCAGAUUAACAGAUAGGAAAAUCAUGGGCUUAUGGACACAACAUCUGUAGUGCUCCUAGAGUAUCUAGCUGUGAGCAACAUCUUGUUAUCAGUAUUGUCCUGCUCCUGUCCACUCACAGGUAGAUAUUCCUGUGCACACUUGCUGCUUUAUUGAUCAAAUGGCAUUACAUGCUUACACAAGGAUUUGUAAGAUUACAGCCCUAUUAAUGAGCUAAAUUUACUUACAAGUACUUUACGAGUCACCAGUGUGGGACUGCUAAAAAUACUCUGAUUCUAUAUUUCACAACUUGCCACCAAAUGGCCUUAUUGUGCAGACUUUCAGCACAAAGCUAGAAGCAAGGGCAUGAUCUACUGUCAAGCUCUGAUUUGCUGUGGUUUGCUUUUUUUCUCUCAGCCACAUAGAAUUUAGGAAUUAAUAAAAAUGUAUCUAAAUAUU